CAUAAAAACAGCUGUUAUCCACUAGUAGCCAGACAUACAGAAUUUUUUGGAAGCAAGAAAUAAUUUUCAACCUCAAAAUAUAAUAUUUUGUAUAAAUUUAACCUAAAUCGAAACAAAAAAUAAGUAUAAAACAAUAAAAAUUCAUCGAUUUGUGUAUUAUUGUCUGCUAAUUAAAUCGCUUGCCAACUAUCAGCAAUGAAAUUAUGUCUAAUACGAUUCUAAGAACCUUAAGCAAAAUCAAUAAGAAGCAACUGUUGACGACCUCACAAAACAACAGAAGCCUUCUUACCACGACAUCCAGUACAGCAUUAUACUCCCGAAGAAGUGAUCCAAAAGAUUACGAAAGUGCAUUCAAAGUUGUGAAGAGCAAGGUCCGCGUUGAAGAAAACGGAGACUUUCUUGGGGGAGAAUGUGGCCCGAAUUGGGAGCUACUCUCGCCUCGGGGCAAUCGGUUUUACUUUCCCAAUUCGGUAGGACCUGCGUGGCAAAGUGCAUCUACAACUAUACCAAUUGAAGUUCCGCUCGAGAAUCUAGUUGACUUUGAAGGACAGAUUGAUGCUAAGCUGAAAUUCAGUGUUGAUGAAUGUCCUUCGCUAAUUAAGAAAAAUCUACAUGAGUUGUUUCCAGCCCCCGAAGUAGUUUCGAGUGAAAAACUCAGCUUGAUGACCCUUAAGUAUGAUGGAGAUAUCGAACAAGGAGCCAGUAAGUUUGUUCUCGCUGCCAGAGAGAUAACAUCACGCCUACGUUUGCACGGAUAUUGGGCGGAUUUUAUGAAUCCAUUCAGUGGAAAACCCUUCUACUCGUGGUCCAGCGGCAAGAACUUGUACAAAAUUGACGAUCGUUUUCGUGGCAUCGGCAUGAAGUUAAUUUCACAAAACAAUUGUAUUAUAAUUAGUUCGGACAAAGACAGUGCAUUCUCUGGAGCCAUCUACUCGAAUGCGCCAUCUAACUUUGAUUUAUUGAAGUCACUGAUUGACGAACAAGUGUAGAUUUAAUUUAGUCCGGUGAAUCUGCUUUUCGAAACUAUGAAUUUUGUGAUAAACUUUAAGCGCUUUUGCAAGUGUACAAAAUUAAUUUAUCUAAAGACUCCAUUUAACAUUAAAUGACAAAUAGUCCAAAGUCAGAAGUUUACAGCAAGUUGCACAGCUUAGUUAACACCUGAGAAGCAGAUCCCCCGGAAACUCAAUCGUUUUUUCCCCAACAACUAGGGUUACAAUAAAUACAAUUUUCUUUUUUUUCUAAAUUCUAUAAAUUCUUAUAUAAGUAAAUAUAUAAAUGUUUAUGUUUCGAAAUCAUUA